AGCAUCCACACAAGCAAAAAAGUAUGGUUUCCAUCUCACAUUUGUUGGUUGUGCUAAUCUCCACAUCCCUCUUCCUCUUCUUCCUCCACAAAUGGCGCCGCAGCCAUUCUCCACCAUCCCGGAAACGCCUGCCUCCGUCUCCACCAAAGCUCCCGUUAAUCGGAAACCUCCACCAGCUGGGCUCAAGCCCCCACAGAUCCCUCCAGUCACUCUCCCGCCGCUACGGCCCCCUCAUGCUUCUCCACUUCGGCAAGGUCCCUGCCCUCAUCGCCUCCUCGACCGAGGCUGCGUGCGAGAUCAUGAAAAACCAGGACCUGAUCUUCGCAAACCGACCCCAACUCAGCAUCCCUGGCCGGCUAUUUUACAACAACCGGGACGUGGCGUUCGCGCAGUAUGGAGAGUACUGGCGGCAGAUCCGCAGCGUAUGCGUGCUUCAUCUGCUGAGCAACAAAAGGGUUCAGUCCUAUCGCCGCGUGAGGGAGGAAGAGACUUCCCUCAUGGUGGAGAAGAUCAGAAAAUUGGGUGCUUCUUCAAAGGCCGUGAACUUGACGGACGUGCUGACGUCUAUGACGAAUGAUGUGAUUUGUAGGGUAGCGUUGGGGAAGAAGUUUGGUUUGGGGAGUGCAUUCAAGGAGACGUUUGCUGAGUUUGGGGUGCUGUUGGGGGUUGUACCUCUGUGGGAGUACAUUCCAUGGCUGAGUUGGACUAGAAAGUUUGAUGGUGUGGAUGAGAGCAUUGCGAGGGUGGCUAAAGCCUUUGAUGAGUUUCUAGAGGCUGUGAUUAAAGAGCAUAGGGUUAGAGAGAGGAGAGAGGGUGAUGGUGGUGACUUGGAUUUUGUUGAUAUAUUGCUUGAUUUCCAGAGAGACAAUGCCAGUCGCUCCCCUGUUGAAGAUGACACUAUCAAAGCUAUUGUCCUGGAUAUGUUUGCGGCUGGAACUGAUACUACAUUUACUGCUCUUGAAUGGGCUGUCACAGAGCUGAUAAGAAAUCCAUCAACCAUAAAAACUUUGCAAAAUGAAGUGAGAGAAGUAGUUGGAAGCAAAGACGAAAUUGAAGAGCAAGACUUGGUGAAAAUGCCUUAUCUAAAGGCUGUGUUGAAGGAGAGUCUAAGAUUGCAUACACCAAUCCCAUUGCUAGUCCCUCGUGAAUUAACUCAAGACACAAAAGUAUUGGGCUACGAUGUCGCAUCUGGUACGCGUGUGAUGAUCAACGUUUGGGCGAUUUCUCAGGACCCAUCAAUGUGGGAAAAACCCGAGGAAUUUCUUCCAGAGAGGUUCCUUGAGACGAGCAUAGACUUUAGAGGUAUGCAUUUUGAGUUGAUCCCGUUUGGGGCUGGCCGAAGGGGAUGCCCCGGUGUUACGUUCGCGAUGGCAGUGGAUGAGCUAGCACUAGCCAAGCUAGUCCACAAAUUCGAUUUUGGAUUGCCAAAUGGAACGAAAAUGGAGGAGUUAGAUGUGAAUGAAUCUAAUGGACUCACAAUCCAUAGAAAGAGUCCUUUGCUUGUUGUAGCUACUCCAAGUGCUUGUUAGGUCAUUCCGUUUAUUGCAAACAUGAUCUAAUAUACAUACAGUGACUGCUCGGUUUGUAAGAUUAUAUUUCAUAAUUAA